GCUGUUGCCGUUCUAAAGUGCAGCGUUUUCUAAUUCGUUACGAAUGUUUCGUUUAGUUUUACUGGCAUAUAUUCCAGGGGGACGACUAGCAUUUGUGAUCUGUGUAAUAAAAUCCACACUUCAAACGUUUCGAUUCUAUUUCUAGCGAGUUAGUGCACUGAGUGGUGGAAGUCCAGUAGCUCCGCCAGCUCGACCUCCUCAGUCGUAAUUAAUUAGCAGCACACCUGGUGGCCACUUAGAAAGUGAGGCGGGUCACUUCAACAGUCCUGGUUUGAGGUUUAAUUCUGGGCGGCGUGACGGCAUAUCAGCUUCCCGUUGGAGUUGGACCGUGUGGUGCAAGCCAUGGCGAGGCCCGGAUGUUGUGACGCUAGGGCUGCCUUCGAAGGUUGCCGAAAGCCAGAAGAGAGACGAGCACCUCUGAAAAGUUGGGGGAAUAUCUGUCAUUUCUCCAAUGUCCGCCCCCUGCCACCAGAAGAGGAUGGGUCCAGUUUGUUUUCUAAAUUGGACCUGGAGAAGCGAAGAAAACGCAAAGAUGGAAAAAUGCAGGGGUGCUGAUGAUAUUUUGAUGGAGACCUUUGCAGAGAACACUUGGGUUUGCAGGCAAGCUGGUCUGGGCUUUGGCUGGGCUACUCAAGGACAAUCAGAGACUCCUCUUCACGCCACUCCAAUAUUGUCUUGCCUGUGUGCUUCAGGUCAUUGUCCUACUGAUAGGAAACUACUCGCCCCAUUCUCCGAAAUCCUACAUGCUGAAGAUCGUUUAUGGUAUUGUGGCCUUUCUGUUAAUAGUAGCCUGCCAGCCAUGCAACAGGUUAUGAAUGAUCUGGAAGAAGCCAUGCAGAGUCUUGGCUUGUUGUUUGAACGGGAGUAUUCCUGGGAUAUCUUCUGUUCCAUGAUGAAAAGACAGUCUCAUUAUGUUUUUGAACGUGCAGAACUUCCUAAGGGCAUAACUGUGGAGAUGCGUGCUCUACUAGUGGACUGGCUGAUUCAGGUACAUGAUUCCUUCAGGUGUGCAGAGGAGACCCUUUACCUAUGUGUGCAUCUUCUCAACUCCUGCUUGUGGCUCAGCAAGGUUAACCCGUCCACCUUUCAGCUGCUUGGAAUGACAUGCCUGUUUAUUGCAUGUAAAAAAGAAGAAUGUCUGCUGCCAGAGACCACAGAACUGUGCUUUCUAAUGGAGAAUAGCUUUUCAAAGAAACAAUUGCUUAAAAUGGAGAGAAAAAUCCUAGACACCUUGAAAUUUGAUGUCUCGUAUGCCCAGCCUCUACAUUUUUUGCAUAUAGUAGCCACUGUUGGAAGAUGCAAACAAAAGGUUAUCUUUCUGGCAAAAUACUUCCUAGAGCUGACCUUGUUGGAUCCAGAGUACACACUUUAUGAGCCAGCACAACUAGCAGCUGCUGCCCUUUGCCUUUCAAGGAAGUUAUUGAAUAAAAACUGUUGCUGGGAUGAAGAGGAGGCUUGGGCAAGAGCUGGACAACUCUACUCUUUCAGCAAAAUAAUGUUAACAAAGAUCCAACAACGAAUGCUAAAGGCAGCUGCACAGGCCAGUUCCUUGGAAACACAGGCCACUUUCCUGAAGUAUUCUAUUCCAGAGCGGCUGAAGAUCAGCAGCCACCCGGCAAUUUUCUAUGCACAUCCUCUCAAUGAGUACUCCUAACAUAAAGCCAUAAGUGCUGUCUAAGAGUCUGUGAGACUUUCUGAAGUCAUCCUGGUCUGGCGGCCUUAAUGGCUGCUUCUGUGUCACGAGAGUGGAGAAAUUUAAAUGGGGGCAGAAGCUUUGGAAAUACUAUUUUUGGUUGUAAUUAAUUUAGCCGCAAUACAAACACUUCUGCUUAGCUUGAUUAUGGCCUAGAUACUUAAGCAAGCAAAUGGCUUCUUCUCACUCCAUUAGAACAAAAUGGCUUCUUUAAAGUGAGCUGGCAUGCAGUAACCUGUAAGUUCUGUGUUCCCUUUUCAGAAUGUGAAGAAACUGAGCAAUGCAGAUUUUAUUUUCUGUAUCAAAUCAUAGCAUAUUAGAUGUUACUGUCUAUUUUAUGUUUUUGUACAAAAGCACAGCUGAGCUGAUAUUUGCUUUCAUUUGACAUUUACCUUAAAUCUAUAUAAAUACUGUGCAAUAUUGUGUGUUACUGUGUGAAAAUAUUGUAAAUACCUGUUUUAUGUUUAAAUAUAUUUAAACUGUAGCAAAGAUCAGAGUUUUAUAAUUAUGAGAAU